UGUGUCGUUGUUAAGAUGGCGGAAGCCGGGCAGCCCGAGGCGGAGGCCCCGGUCUGUACUUUCCUUUUUAAAAAAUCCAGCAGGAAGUUUAAAGGGAGGAAGCGGAGAGCGAGCGGCAGUGAGAAAGACAGCAGUGGAGACGAUGAUGGGAACAUUGCAGUGCGGAGAGAAAAGAGAGCGACUGUGUCGAACCCCAUGAUACAGAAGACUGGAAGAUCAACAGGAGUGAAAGAGCGAUGCAGUAACAGUGACAGUGAUGGAGAUGAGAAAAUCACUGUGUCAUACAAAUCCACCCGAUCAGCGAAACCUGUUGGUCCAGAGGACAUGGGAGCAACAGCUGUAUAUCAACUGGACACUGAGAAAGAUAAAGACAUGCAAGCCAUCUUCGAACGAAGUCAGAAGAUCCAAGAGGAACUGAAAGGGAAAGAAGAUGAAAAAAUCUACCGAGGUAUCAACAAUUACAUCAAAUACGUCACACCCAAAGACACGUCCAUGGGAAAUGCAGCUUCUGGAAUGGUGAGGAAAGGACCUAUCCGAGCUCCUGAGCACCUUCGAGCAACAGUGCGGUGGGACUAUCAACCUGACAUCUGUAAGGAUUACAAAGAGACCGGCUUCUGUGGGUUUGGAGACAGCUGUAAGUUUCUACAUGACCGAUCAGACUACAAACAUGGCUGGCAGAUCGAACGGGAGCUGGAUGAAGGCCGUUAUGGUGUAAAUGAUGAUGAGAAUUACGAAGUGAGCAGUGAUGAAGAUGAUCUUCCCUUUAAGUGUUUCAUCUGCAGAAAUUCCUUUACCAGUCCUGUAAUCACUAAAUGUAAACACUAUUUCUGUGAAAGCUGUGCUCUGCAGCAUUACCACAAAUCCAAGCGUUGUUAUGUGUGUAAUCAACAGACCAAUGGAGUCUUCAACCCCGCCAAAGAACUCAUGGCAAAACUGGCAAAGCAUAAAGCUGAGCACCCAUCAGACCAUUCCGAUUCUGCAGAUGAAGGGGAGCCAACCGAAUAACUCUUCCCCUCUGCUCUGUGCAGAAUAUGUACCAAGCUUCAAAAUACUUUCGUAAAAUAAAGAGAUUUGUUUUUGAAUA